AUAAGCUGGCAACGCACUGGCGGUGACAUUAUUUUCUCCAUCGAUGCGUGAAAACGAUGACGUGAGUAAGUUUUCCGAAUGGAAAAUGCAUUAAUUAACUGAGAAAAACUUACUUGACGACUUUAAAUAUUUGAGAAUAUCGAGCGACAAGUACAUUGACAAGUGCUGUCAAUAUGGGGGGAUCACACAGCGUCUUCACUGAGGCGGAACUCGACGAUUAUCAGGAGCUAACAUUCUUCAGCAAGAAAGAAAUUCUUCAUGUGCACAAGAGAUUCCACCUACUGGAUCCAGACGCUGUUCGUGCCGACAAGAAUGCCCGACUUCCCAUGUCUACGAUCCUAGAGCUUCCUGAAUUAAAGGAAAACCCUUUUAAAGACAGAAUCUGCAAGGUGUUUUCCUCAGCAGACGACGGGUCCCUUCAGUUUGAGGACUUCCUGGAUAUGAUGUCAGUCUUUAGCGAUGCCGCUCCCAAAAGUGUCAAGGCUGAAUAUGCCUUCCAGAUUUACGACUUUGACGACGAUGACUUCAUCAGUAGCACAGAUCUCCGUGAAGUGGUCAACAGGCUGACCGGAGAGCAACACUUAUCAGAUGCCGACAUGCAACAGCUCAUUGACAAUGUUUUGGAGGAGUCCGAUUUGGAUGAUGACGAUGCUUUGUCAUUUGCAGAGUUUGAACAUGUGAUCUCCAAAUCACCUGACUUCAUCAAUUCCUUCCGGAUCCGUUUGUAAGCAGCGAUGCAUCGCGUCCCGGUUUGGCCUGGUGCUAGAUAUUGUGCAGUGUGUAUUCGUAAGCUACUCAGAGAAAGUCAAACGACGAUUGAAGAGUCGUGAAGCAUGACCGGGCUUGUAGAAUAGAA